AUGAUCAGAUCCCAAAUUGAUAUUCAUCGGUGGAGCACACAUCAUACAUGCGAAAACAAUGACGACUGUAACAGACGUUUAAAAACUUUCUGGACACCAUACGAGUUUGUUUGUUGCACAACAGUAUUAUGUGAUGAAAGUUAUGGCGAUUACUAUUUGGUUCACUCUGGAUGUUCUACAAAACGACAUUGUAAACCAAUGAUUCAAAUCAAAGACUAUACACGUUUUGCUGCGCGAAUGGAGAAAGCGUACUUCGACUUGUUCGACACUUCGCUAGAAGGAGAUUGUCCUGCAACUAGACAGAAAAUGACUGUUGGAAUACCAAAUGCAACACUGAUCACUCCGAUUCCGCCCCCAACUACAACUACACCCGCCACUCUGCGAACAAUCCCCACGGUCACUUGCAAGUGCACUAAUCCAUCAGAAUGCUGCGUGCACAUUGAAUGUUCAGACAGCCUCCAAAAUGGAAUCAAACAGUACAAACUUGAUGUCGAGUGCAUCCCCCAAUGCACUAACUUAGUGACGAAAAUCGGGACGCAGUACACAUUUUACUUGCCAGCACCACUGUGGGAAAAGAGGAAUGUCUAUGAACACGACCAAUCAGCCCCAGCUGUAGAAGAAUCAUGUAGAGAAACACGGUAA